UGCUUGCAAGUUAAAUUGUGACGAUAAUUUGUGAAACUCAUUCAUGAGGGAAUGCAAUUUGUUUGAAGAACAUUCAAUAUAAGAUUAAAGUGAAAAUAAAUAAUUCUGCACAUCUGCUUUAAUGACCAUAUGAAUAUUAUACUAUUUACGAAAGGACAAAGCCUAAAAAAAUCGAAGUGCAUAAACAGGACGCUAUUUCUGUGACUUUUCUUCUGAAAAUAAACUUAAUUGAUAAAUACUUACGGCAAUGCUGUUUUUAUUCUUAUUUAUUGUUCUAUAUUUAAUUGGUGGCGUGUUGUGUGAUCACAGACAGGCUCCUUCUGCUCCAAGACCUCUUGGAUAUCAAGGUUAUAAUGUUUGUCCCGUAAUAUUGUGCGCCAAAGAAGGAGAAAUACCGGAAGAAUGUAGAAAGCCACAAUUUGUCAUUGGGAGCGAUGGGAAAACGCCAUGCCAAAUCUGUGACGACAGCUUUUGUGGAAGAAAAGAGGAGGUUUGUCCGCGGAUGAUAUGUCCGAUUUCCAGCAGGCGUCUUGAACCAAAUUGUCGAAGGCCAAACUUUGUCAUAGGAACUGAUGGAAUAACGCGAUGCCGUGUGUGCGAUACAAAUGCGUGCGGCGACAAAAAAGAUGUAUGCCCAUCUGAAUAUUGUCCAAAAGCUGACAAAAUACUUGAUACUUGUCGCCUAAAGCAGUAUAUGAUUGGACGUGACGGGAUAACCAUGUGCCCAGUUUGUGAUAAGGACGCAUGUAGAAUGACACAUAACCACCACCAUGAUGUAAUUGUAGCAUAAUGUAAAUAAAGUUUCUGAUUA